AUGGCUGUAAUGGGAAAAACCAUAAUGGUUUUAACAUUAACCGGCAGGGUUUUGCACGAUGCUGUGAGCUUCAUUGUCUUCUCUUUUCUGGACAUCCUUGAUCUCAUUCUAUGUUUUGCAUUCAAAGCUGUAGAUUUCGUCAUUGAAGCAGAAUGGAAACCUUGUUAUUGUACCUCAGCUAAAGAAGCCAUCACUAGUAGUGGCAAGAUCUUGGUCUCUGAACAAGGUGAGUCCAAGAUUGUUUGUCUUACUUCUACUAAGUUAGGGUUAGAAGAGAUCUCAGACACACUUUACACUCGUCCUUCAUUGGUGUCUGAGAUUUCAAAAUCAACGGUUAAUGAGCUCAAGCGAAUCAAGGUGGAGGAUAAGUCUAGUACUGUCACCGUACAAUCAUCCCAGAAGAUCAAGAAAGGAACUAUGAGAUCCACAUUCACUGUUAACUCUACCAUUGUUGCAAUGCUUCAAGGGAAGAUUGGAGGCCAGCACUUACAUCCCAUUUCAAGAUGGUCUGAUUGUGAUUGCAAAUUUUGCACUUCUUGGACCUCUUCUAGCAAAGAAACCCUCUUCGUUAGAGCUGAAGGACCUAAAGAUAAGGCAAAAGAAGAUGUCCUCUUCAUUCAUGGAUUCAUUUCAUCUUCAGCAUUUUGGACAGAAACAUUAUUUCCAAACUUCUCAAAUGCAGCUCAAUCAACCUACCGAUUAUUUGCCAUCGAUCUCUUAGGGUUUGGGAGGAGCCCUAAGCCAGCGGACUCCCUUUACACGCUAAGAGAGCAUCUGGAAAUGAUUGAACAAUCCGUUCUUGAACAAUACAAAGUUAAAUCCUUCCACAUUGUUGCUCAUUCUUUAGGUUGUAUUUUGGCCCUAGCACUUGCCGUAAAACACCCUGGCUCAGUGAAGUCCCUAACCCUCCUUGCACCACCAUAUUACAAAGUACCAAAAGGUGCAUUAGCAGCACAACAUGUGAUGAGACAAGUAGCUCCAAGGCGUGUUUGGCCACUUAUUACGUUUGGUGCAUCAAUUGCGUGCUGGUAUGAGCACAUCACCAGGGCAAUUUGCCUUGUCAUAUGCAAAAAUCAUCGGUUGUGGGAGUUUCUUACCAAACUAGUCACAAGAAACAGGAUCAAGACAUUCUUGAUUGAGGGGUUCUUUUGCCACACCCAUAAUGCUGCAUGGCAUACCCUACACAACAUUAUUUGUGGCACCGGCAGCAAGCUUGAUGGGUACUUGGAUUCAGUCCGUGACCACCUCAAAUGUGAUGUCAACAUCUUCCAUGGGAAAAAUGAUGAACUUAUCCCAGUUGAAUGUAGCUACAAUGUUCAACAAAAAAUUCCUCGUGCUCGAGUUAAGGUGAUCGAUAAUGAAGAUCAUAUUACAAUUGUUGUUCGUAGACAAAAGGCCUUUGCUAGGGAACUUGAAGAAAUUUGGAACAGAUCAAGUGGUUAA